CUACAAACAUUUUCUGGAUGAUUUCAUCAUUAUGAAAACAAUUAUUUUUAUCCUGUCUGCGCUUUUUGCAUGUGUGCUACAAAAUAUGGAAUCACGAACCAUGGAAAUUUCCCAUCACAAUCUAGAAGAAAGCAAAAUAAAUGGACCUGCUGAAUACAGAGAAAUGUGGUCAUUGUCUAAAUUUGACACCAAAUACGAAGCCCCAAAUAUGGAGGAAAAAGCUUUGAAUGGUGCUAAAGAUGACACCAUACAGCACAGUUUGCCUUCAGACAUGUUUUUAAGACAUGACAAACUCAGAACUGCAGACUCAAAUGGGGAUAAAUCACAGAGUUCUGAAGAAAAAAUUUCAAAUAUUUCAGAAUCUGAUAAUCCACAUGGAAUCUCUAUUUCAUCAAAUAAUAAUUUUCUGUGGCACAGAAAAUCAUUGACAAAAUAUCCUUCAAUUACAGAAGAACAAAAUACUCAUUUCUCUUCAGGUGACCAACAUUAUCCUGAAAAAUUCCAGAACUUUUCACAAACUGCAAGUGAACUAGGAGCUCUUGAUGCUGGCACAGACCCAAGAGAAAGAAGAGCCUUCUUUCCUCACCUACAUUUUCAUGCACGCCCUCGUGCACAUCCUCGCACACAUCCUCACACUCGCUACUUGAAGUUUCUAAGAGAAGGUACCAACCACAAGCGUAGAUUCAAGGUGAAUGAAUAUUCAUUAUAUUUCAGGAAUGAGGUUCCUAAAUAUAAAAAAAAGUACUUUGUUAACGUGGGAGAAGAAUUGGCGGGGUCAAAUGAAACAGAGCUUAGAAAAUCCAUUGAAGGUGAGGCAAAGAGGAUCAUCAGAAGUGAAGACUACAUUAAUUCUCAAAUUGAAGGUUUGAAAGCUUUUGUAAAAAGAGAGAUUGCCAAGGAGGAAAGUGCAAGAAUAAUUAAAAAUAGAGGAAUUAGUAGGAAAAGAGAACAAUCCUUAUCACAUAAUAGAGAUACAGAUGACAGCUCUAGUUCUUUUGAAUAUGAAGAUGAGGCAGAACAGAACAGGAGAAUUGUAAACAACAUUGAAUCUAGGAUUGAGGCUAUCAAAGAUGCCUUAAGAAAGGAGUUUGCGAGGAGGGAAAUUACAAGAAGAACUGAAAACAUAGACAUUAACAAGAAAUCAGAAGAAUCACCAUCACAUAAUAACAAUGGAUAUGACAAUCAAGAGCUGGAAAAUUUCCGUCAAUAUGAAGCAUCCGUUCUUCACGGUGAAGGUGGAGACACUGUCCAACCUGCAGUUUUUAUGAAUGCAAAAGCCGCUAUCAGUAAUAUUCAAGACGGGAAAAACAAUGAUUCUAGCAACAUAAAAAUCAAGGGAUCCAAUAUUGUGAAAGGAAAUGAACCACAUUAUUUAUCACACGACAGCGAUACGAUGUUACCACAAGAAUUUGAACCACAAUUUGGAAAAAGAAAAUAAAUUCAUACCCCAGUCAUACACCCUUUCUAAAUCAGUGGCUUACUGGCCAAAGAGGAAUGGGUGCUGCAACAUCACAAGAAACAAAACAAAAUGCAGAAACAACUGCAAGUGAAGAAUCAGAGAAUGAAAAAAAAUUACGAAUGGAAACUGAAAGUCUGGCCAAAGAAAUAGAUUUAUUGUCUGAAAAGAAGCUAGAAUUGGAAGACAAAUACAAACGAGCUCUAGCAGACAGUGAAAAUAUGAGGCAGAGGUUAAUGAAACAGAUAGAGGAUGCAAAAAUCUUUGGUAUUCAGGGAUUCUGUAAAGAUCUGUUAGAGGUUGCAGACAUUCUGGGCAAAGCUACAGAAAGUGUUCCAAAAGAAGAAGUUCGGGAAAGUAAUCCGCAUUUAAAGAACCUCUAUGAAGGUCUUACAAUGACACAAGCUGAAUUACACAAGGUAUUCAGACGACACGGCCUUAUUCCAAUUAAUCCCAUAGAAGAGAAGUUUGAUCCCAACUUCCAUGAAGCACUUUUCCAACAGGAGGUCCAAGGGAAAGAUCCUGGUACAAUUGUGGUAGUAUCAAAGACUGGCUACAAGCUACACGAACGAGUUAUACGGCCAGCUCUAGUCGGGGUUGCCAAAGCUCCCUAGAUUAAACACAAUAUAAUGGCAACAAACACUAUGAUAGGAGCCAUAAAUACAUUUAUGUAGGCAGAUAUUGUACACAACAGAAUUUGUAUUAUUCUCAUUGAACAUAUUUUCUGUAUGGACACAAAAUUUUUAAAGUAGACACUGUCUGCGAAACAUGGUUACGAAACUUGUAUUUAGAAUAAAACAGGACACUAAAAAUGAAGUUAUACAUUUGUCAGUUUUUUUUUAAGAUUUCAAUAAAGCAAAUAAAGUUUUGGAACA